AUCAAAACAAAUGCAACAUCACACGCUAUAUUAUCCCUCUAGUCUCCCCAAUCCCUGUCACUUGAGAUUAUGCCUGCCAUCCCCUUCCUCAUACUCCCUAGUGCUAGAAACCUACAGCUAUGCCACAAAUCGUCCACGGAGAGAGUGCCAAUGGCGGAGCCAACCCUCCUGGACCACAAGCCUGCCCACCUCUUCGACCAUGGCUUCCUUCUUGUCGCCAUGACCUGCAGCUGGCCAACGACAACAGCAACGUCAACGCCGCUGUUCCUGUGGACCACUGUUGCUCCGGUGAUGGCUCUUCCGCCGCCGCCUUGUCCUCCUCCCAUCGUAACGCUGCUGCUGCUGCUGCAGUAUUUCUCAUAUUUUUGACCUGUGGUUUUUUCACGGGUUGUUUUGGAGGCAUGCGUGGGACCGACAACACAAAUUUCAACACUCAUAUCGAACCGAUCCUACUAUAUCUGUUUCUCUACUAUUCAGGGGUCCUGGUGUCGCAUCACUUGCUUGUGAGUAAAGAACGACCACACCACUGCAAAAUCUCGGCUAUGGCGUGCUUUGUUGUGGAUCAGGUGUGCGACAUCUUUGAUGUGGAGCAGGUGUAUGGUUUGCUCGUCCUGCGAUCAUGGUUGAAGUUUAUUGCAGAUGUCAAGGAGCUUGUGACCUCUGUGUAUUCCAUCUUGACAAGGAAAUCGGUGAUGGUUAGACUUCUUGUGAUGCUGUUUUCUGCUCUUGUUUUUGGUGCUUUAGAUCUGGGGCUCAAUAAUUGGUCAGGCAUGAGAAGAGCGAGGGACAGCGCAAUUUUACACAAUUAUUAUGAUGAGUCUCAUGGUAGGACGUUACUUGCAUUUAAUCAUGACAAGGAUAGCACAGUUAGAGUUGAUCUCAGAAUGACAACGCCGGUGAAUGCUGAUGGCUCUGGACAGGAUCAGAAAGCACUUGCACAUUGGAUCUCAGAUCAUAACAGAGAUCGGUCAGGCAAAUAUUAUGUCACAGACAAGCAAAAAAGACCACAGAAGCCUCAUCUGUCAGAACACAAGACAAUCAAAACUGGCGUGGUUUGGUGGAUUGUCAUAGCUUCAGCUAUCUUUAUUGUGGUGGUGGUCUGCUUUGUUGCUGCUCUGCUUUGGUACAAGUGUAGGAACAGAGGGCAACAAAAUCAACCCCAAGUUCAACUUCAACUCUGCAGAGUAAAAGGACCUAGGCCAUUCGAAUACAACGAGCUGGCGGCUGCUACCAACAAUUUCUCCGACGAGAACAAGCUUGGGCAAGGAGGGUUUGGCCCUGUGUACAGGGGCUUCUUGACGGACCCGGACCGCCAUGUGGCUGUCAAGGUGCUGUCUGCAGACUCUUCUUGGCAAGGGCACAAGGAGUUUGAGGCAGAAGUCAAAGUCCUGACCCAGCUGAGGCACAGGAACAUCGUGGAACUCGUCGGCUGGUGUGACAGUAAUGAAGGCCUCCUGCUCGUCUACGAACUGAUGGCUCAAGGCAGCCUUGACAAGCAUCUUCACAAUCCUGUUAGAGUUUUAUCAUGGCAACAGAGGUACAAGAUUAUUCUUGAUUUGGGCUCUGCUCUGCUCUACCUCCACCGGUGCUGCGACAAAUGCAUUGUCCACGGCGACAUCAAGCCUGAAAAUGUGAUGCUUGACGCCUCAUACAACGCUAAGCUCGGUGACUUCGGGACAGCAAGGCUCAUCGAGCACGGAGCAGAGCCCCGAGCCACGGAAAUCGUUGCUGGGACCCGUGGGUACAUCGACCCAGAGUUCGUCAACAACCACCUUCGUUGCCCCGAGGCAGACAUCUACAGCUUCGGCGUUGCCCUGCUCGAGAUCGCUUCUGGCAAGCGGCCGGCGUCGAGAUCGAGACAGCCAGAUGAGGCCUCUGCACUGCUAGUCUGCAGGCUCCGUGACCUGUACGAUCAGCGCAUGGUUCUUGAUGCAGCAGAUGCCAAAAUGAACGGCGAGUUCGACCAGCAGCAGAUGGAGCGUGUGCUUGUUACGGGUCUCUGGUGUGCGCAUCAGGACCCAAGCCAGCGACCGUCCAUUGAGCAAGCUAUGGAUGUUCUGCGCUCUGCAGAUGCAAUGUUGCCGGUGCUUCCAGCGACGCACGAUCCGCAGCACAUUCGCAUCUUGGAGGAACAUGCUUAUGGCGAUCUCACAGGUGAGGGUACUGCCGUGGAUGCCGUCGUCCCUGCAAGUACCUGCUAUCUUACUUCCAAGGAUUCAGCGUAUCUGCUUGCUGAGGAAUGAGGGCUCUGUUGAUCAAAAGUUACUAUACAAGUAUACAGUAGUACCAUCUUAGAUUCCAUUAAGCUUUUACCUUUUUAAACCGGUAAUCGAGCUCCACCAACCCCAUGGCAUGCACGAUCUGUGUUGUAGCAGAAUCUUUUUAUGCAAAAAAAUGUUUCUGUCGUUAAUGUUCUGCCAGCAUAUAUAUAUGCCCUGUCUAUGAGUUGCUUUAUACCAGUAGUGAUAGG